AUGGAACUGUUGUCAUCGAAUCUAAUACAACAACAACCACAAUCAACUGAUUUUGCAUCGAUUCCGCAUCUCACUGAAUCUGCACCAGUUCAGAUAUCACAAUUCUCGAGCAGUUAUGUAAAUGACACUUUUGAAAGUGUUAUGUCAAGCGACGUCCACUCCGAUACAUUGCCAAUAUAUUUGAACGAUGAUGAUACAUCGACCACACAUGCAUUUCAAUAUCAAUCGGAAGUUGAUCCAUACAGUACGAUUCAACCGUCCCUGUCUACUGAUCCUCUAGUAAUAAUACCAGAAAUCAAUGAAGAGGACGGUGGAAAAGUAUUUGAAGAAUUGAAAACAUUUGCUCCACCGUAUUCAAGUCCUAAUCAUUUUGCUACUACAAACAAUAUAAGAGUGUAUGUCACAUCAGCUGGAUUUCAAGAACAACAAUCAUCACGGCAGACAAUUUUGAAUUCUGAGAUCCGGACGAAUAGAGAUGAUUCAACGGUUGGAAGAUAUUACAUUUCACCCGGUACAUCACGGCUUACUCCAUCAUUGCAUAUGAAGCAGAUACAUCCGGAAAAGGACAGAAAUCCUUCGAUCGAUUCAAAUCAAGAAAACAAUUUAUGCGUUGCAUUUG